AUGAUUGUUUCUCUCCAAGCUGCCUUUGCUAUUUCAAGCUUCCAUGGAAAUUUACAAAACUUCCCACCACACAUCUUCACACAAUUGAAUGAAAUCAAAAUUGAGCUUUGGGAUAAAGAGAAAGUUAAGAAAGCCAUGUUUAUAGGUCUGUGUGGAGGAAUUUGUGCUGGCAAGAGUACAAUCGCACAAUAUCUUGUAGAGCACCAUGGCUUUACUCACCUUUACCUUCGACCAGAGCAAGGCAACAAAAGCUCGACUCAAAUCACCAAUGGCAUCACAGCUGAGGAAUCAGAAAAUGUUGAAGAGAAUAGCAUAACUCUAAGACAGAAGUCAAGAUCUCAAUCGCAAUCCCAAUAUACUUUUACAAGCACCACAGACCUCCUCGACUUCGUAACCAAGCGCUGGCGCGAACGAUGGGUGACAACCAAUAUCUACACCGAGUCUAUCCUUGACGCCCUCCUCCGGCGCCCCUUCUUCAUUCUCGUCAGCGUCGACGCCCCAGUCUCCAUCCGCUGGAAACGCUUCCAAGCACGGCCCAACACACCUUCCACAGCAAUCACUCUCGAAGAUUUCCUCCUCCGUUCCGAUGAGCAUCUUUACGAUCCCGAACACGGUCUUCAAUCCCUCAUUUCCCGCGCUACUAUUCGUCUCCUCAAUACCUCUUCCGAUCUCGCCCACCUAUAUGCUACACUCGGCAAACUCGAUUUAACAAAUGAAGACCGUCUUCGACCAAGCUGGGAUCAAUACUUCAUGCAACUCGCCUCGCUCGCCGCCCAGCGCAGUAAUUGCAUGAAACGCCGCGUAGGUUGCGUCCUAGUCCGUGAAAAACGAGUCAUCUCAACCGGUUACAAUGGCACACCCAGAGGUCUUCUCAACUGCGGAGAAGGAGGUUGUUCCCGCUGUAACGAAGGACAAGGCUCUGGAGUAGGACUCGGCACUUGUCUCUGUCUUCACGCAGAAGAAAACGCACUUCUCGAAGCCGGUCGCGAAAGAGUUCGCGAAAACGCCAUCCUAUAUUGCGAUACCUGUCCCUGUCUCACAUGCAGUAUCAAGAUUGUACAAGUGGGAAUUUCAGAAGUGGUUUACAGUCAAGGAUACAGUAUGGAUGCGGAAACAGCAGCAGUGUUUGGUCAGGCGGGAAUUAAACUAAGGCAGUUUAUUCCGCCGGCAAAUGGUUUAAUCCAUCUAGAAAAACAGUCACUAUAUUAGCAUUUUAAAGCGAUGAUACCCCAAUUUAUACAUAGCAUAGCGAAGGAUGGGAAAGCAUAUAAGCAUUCACACACAGAUAUUUCCACUAUUUACGCACAUACGUAGUGUGUGAAAGACACCCCCUUCAAGAUAAUCUUCUUUCUCCUU